AACUCCGAAUCAAAUCAGUCGCCGCAAAGCCUUCGGCGUGGGCAGACGUAUUGUCGAUUUUCUUCUUGGAACGAUGUCCGUUCAAAUCUCGACAGACUGAUAUCGUCCACGUGAAUAGAUAAGUUCGAUUCGGUUAAAUUGGUUUAGUUUUGCAAAAAAAGUAUACAAUCGACUGCGAUUAUAUUAAAAGAUGCUGGUGCCAACGAUAAUAGCGCUAGCAACUCUCAUACGAGCUGACGAACUGCCGCCAUCUUGCAGUAGACCAGUCUAUUGCAACAGCGACCUGCUGCACUAUGUCCAGACAUCAAGGAUCUUUACCGAUUCUAAAACAUUCGUUGAUUUGCACCUUCAAAAAGAUGAAAACACGACUCUAGCCGACUUUAACGAGCUAUUGGAGAAAACCAACAGGAAUCCAUCCAAGGAACAGAUAAAAAAAUUCGUCGAUGAUCAUUUCCAGUCAGGAAACGAACUUGAAAUGUGGAAACCUACGGAUCACAACGAUAAUCCACCGUUUUUGGCCGAAAUCAGAGAUAAAACUCUAAGGAAAUUUGCCCAAGAUAUUAAUAGCAUUUGGCCGACCCUCGGAAGGAAGGUGAAACCGAUAGUCUUUGAGAAGCCAGACCUUUACAGCUUCAUACCUAUAUCGAAUGGCUUUAUCAUACCCGGAGGGAGAUUCAGCGAAAUAUACUACUGGGACGCGUAUUGGAUCGUUGAGGGUCUUCUUAUUUGUGGAAUGGAGGACACGGCGCGCGGCAUGAUAGAGAACCUCAUUCAGCUGCUGAAGAAACUAGGACACAUACCGAAUGGAAGCAGAAUAUACUAUGAACAGCGGAGCCAACCUCCUCUACUAUCGGCUAUGGUAUCACUAUACAUCCAACGAACGAAGGACCUCGCUUUUCUUAAAGCUAAUAGUGAAGUAUUACAAUAUGAGUUGGAGUAUUGGCUCGAAACACAAACGAUCACCUUCGAAAAGGACGGCAAGUCAUACACUCUGCUGCAAUAUCGCGCUCCCAGCGCUGGACCAAGGCCCGAGUCAUAUCAUGAAGAUUACACGCUUGCUCAACAAUUCGAAAGCGAGGAGCGCCAGCAGGAAUUCUACAUGGACAUCAAAAGCGCUGCCGAGAGCGGCUGGGACUUCUCGAGCCGCUGGUUCAUUGGCCCCAACGGCGAGAACAAUGGGAACUUGAGUACUAUUCAUACGACAAAAAUAAUUCCCGUAGAUUUGAAUUCGAUUUUCGCAAAUGCCUUACAAAAUAUAGCGUAUUUCCAAGGAUUAUUGGGCAACAGACGAGAGGCCGCUCAUUGGGCAUACCUUGCUAAUCAAUGGCGGACCACUAUCGAGGAUGUUCUAUGGGACGACGAAGAUGGCAUCUGGUACGACUACAAUUGGGACUACCCAAAUGCAUGGCCGCCUCUAGUAAGUAUAACUGUAAAUGCAUUGAGGACACUAGGGACACGAGAAGCUAAGCAGAUGGCUUUCGAUGUAGCUCAAAAGUGGGUACGAGCUUGUUUAAAAGGUUUCACGGAUAAUAAGCAGAUGUUUGAGAAGUACGACGUGGAGCAGCCCGGCAGGAUAGGCGGCGGUGGGGAGUACACCGUGCAGGCUGGCUUUGGUUGGUCCAACGGUGUCGUGUUGGAAAUGAUCAAGAAUUACGCUUACAAAAUGACCGCAACUGCUAAUCCGGAAUUAUCCGAUGAAUCCAUUUCCGAAGUGGAAUUAUCAGUCGAGUCUGUUGAAGCGAAUUAGUAUUUUGACAAGACCAAAGAGGUAUUACUUUCCAUUUUCGUUUUUCUUAUUUUAUUAUUUUUAGACAUUAAUAUAGUUGCAACAGCUCAAUUUACUUCAACACUCUGACCACUAACUCCCGCCAGAAUGGAACGCUAAUUCUUAAUGACAUUGACAGAUGUCAGAUAGGGAAGGGACGUGUAUGCCGAUGAUCUAGUGUUGCUCCGUUCUCCAGUGUAGUACCGAUAUUUUUCUUAACAUUAUGAGUUAAUAAGUUUUAAACUUUUGUUAGUAAUUUUAAACUUAUUAAUAAAAAUUGUUCUUCUUAUAUUUUUCUACUUUAAUGUAGUAUUUAUGCUUGUUACUUUGUCAUCUAUCUACUUUCAUAUUAAAUAAUUUAUUUUUAUAAAGAUGUUCUAACUAAUAAGAUUAUGUAAUUAAUAGCAGUUUAAUUA